AUGGUUAUUACGCCUAGCUCUUCAACACAGAGCACUCCCGCCGUCUCGUCACUAAUUGCAGAGACUUCGCCAGUCACGGGUGUGCCCAACGGUGCAGUCGUAGCUGCCGUUUUUGGAGGAAUCGCAGUGGUGACUGUCGUCUUCUGUCUUGGAUGUCUAUUGUGCAUCCGAAGGAGGCGAAGAAAGAGGAAUAACCCUCCUUCUGUUCGACCAGCGACCAGCCAGGAGUACGAGAGUCUUCCACCGGUUGACACCCAGGACCCCACGCCAUCGCCACAAUAUGAGAAGCGAUACGACAUCGAAAAUCCCGCGCCGGCAUACCUGGGAAAGUUGAAGGAUCUCCACCUGGUUCCAUCCCGCCUGAAGACACUGCAGCUCCUCACACGGACCGUUUCUACGCAUUCGUCAGCUUCCACACUCGUAGAGCCCAAAGAUGAAAAACCGGAGAUAUACCUAGAAAGGGCGUAUACAUUACAGCCACCCAUUCCCGACCCGGAUGUUUAUUUCAAUCCACAUUAUUUAUCGACUCGGAGAGUCAGUAAUGGCACAACACGCACGAGUUUAAUUCUCGAUGGCGUCGACUCACUCGAGUACUCACCAGAAGAAGAUGGAAGGCAGCCAUCGAGAGCUUCUCUUCGCUUUGGACGAUUCAGCCGCGUCUGGGGAGCCAGAUUGUCUGUCACGUCUGUUGAUCGCAUGACGGUCUUUGACGCGAGUCAUCAAGUAACUUCGCCAGACGAUCCACAGACAGCCAAGUCAUCACCGACCGGCACCGUCAAGUCUCCGCCCACAGGUCGACGCGGUUCCCAGUUGCUCUCCAACUUGCGAAGAGGCUCGCUUCGCUCAUUUGCACCAAUAAAGGACGUACCGGAAGAAUCAUCAUACUAUUCUACUCCCCUCGCGCCUCCCCCUGCAAAAAUCAAGUCGAGAGUCACUCCACAAGUCCGACGUGGCCUGAUACCGAAUGCCAAAGGGACGACAUCGGAUGGAGCCAUGGAUAUGGAGAUUCGACCGCUAGAGGACAGAACAGACGUAGUUUUGCCAGGAGCGAGUAUCUUGGCUUCGGCCGUGGCGAAAGGCAAGAUUAGUCGAGAAGAGGCAGAAUCUGCCCUAGGAAUGCCAUUGGCAUAA